AUGGGAAGACCACCCGGAGCUCUCGGCGGGAAUAGGCGAAGAGGAUAUCCGCAAGAUUGGGAGCUUCGUGAUCCAGUGCGCUAUGGCGAGCGCUUACAAGAGCUGAAAAGCGAUGAAGACGAUGGACAAGGCGUUAUUUUGGAGCCGAACAGGUUUGCAACACGGGAGCGACGUCUGCGAGGUUACGCGGGCGACCAAUUGUAUUUUGAUGGUCAUGACCUGGGACAGGAUAGAGGACCUAGACGGGGAGUGUACGAUGAAGCAUAUGAUGAUUACAUUUCGGAAGAGGAAGAAGCAUACUACCGAGACCAACAGCGAAGCGCGGCAUAUCAGAACGCAGGGCGAGCGAGGGGAGAGCCGCUGGUUCAGUCAGCCUUGGAUCGCAUUGCGCGGGCAAGGGAGAAGGGCAAAACGAACGUCAACUUGACGCCGGAAGAGAUGGACGCUUUGCAGCGCAGGAAUAGCCCGCAGCUGGAGCCUGCAUCCGCUCUUGCGUCGCCGCCUCCCACGCCCAAGUCAAGAGCGAGGACUACAAGCCGCAACAGUAGCUCGAGCAAUCUGCCUGCACAGAAAUCACGUAAGAAGAAUUCCUCGGGCUUCUUCGGCUCUCCAGCCAAGUCGAAUUCCAAGGCGAAGAUGACGAGGACAACCUCAGCCGAGCAGGCCAUUCAAUAUCCACCUGGAUCACCUGCGCCGGGGAUCAUGGUGCCAGGACCUAAUGGCGUUCCCGUGUAUGCUCCGCUUGCAUAUUAUGGACCACCAAGUCCGGAGUUCGCGCGCAGGUCGCCCUCUGGAGGAGCCGGAUCAAGAUCAUCCUCGAAGCAAAGCCGACGAGAGUCGACGCCUCCAGAGCUGUACCAGGCGUUGCCGCACCGCUACUAUCCAGCCGCUCCUCGACCGGAGUCGAGAGAAGGCUCAAGUCGCCCAUACCCUGAUGAUGUCGAUUGGUACCCCCCACCACCCUCGCGAACUCGCUCUGCUUCGAACGCGCAGUACACAGGCUACCGACACCCGGAAGAUUACGACAUGGCUCCGCCCGGGCCUGCAGCGCAAGGGCGAAGACACGCCAGUGGUCCACCUGAUGUCCGAUACGCCAAUUUGCGUCGUGCGCCGCCCUCUUCUUCGCCUCUAGCUACGAGAAGUCAGCCUGCGGGUAGUGCUUUGCGGAGAGUGGAGACGAGCAGUAGCAGCAGCAGCAGCGAAGAUCAGGGGGUUCAGGUCGAUAUAGUCCCGGAUGACAACGGUGGAUAUCAGGUCAGGAGCAUACCGAAUCCCAACCCGCCUGCGCCUAUUCCUGCUGGACCUUCGACUUCGAAGGGGAGUGGCAAUGAGGCAAGGAAGAGGAAAAGUGGUCGUAGGUAG